AUGUGUUUUAAUCGCGUUUAUGAUUUUCAAAGAGCUUUCUGCGAAGAUUCAGAGCUUAUUGAAAGAUGGUUUCGAUUGACAUACAGGACCUACGUAAUCCGUGGGUGCUACGUCUUCCGUAUCCUUCUCGUACCAACAUUUUUGAUAGUAAAAGGCGAAUACCAUCUCUCAAAUUGGUAUACCGAAGGCGAUUUACCAUACGAUUGGCUUAUUAAACCUACUAUCAAUGGAUGGACAGAUAAUGAGACAGUGCUUAAUAGAUAUAAAAAUCAUAAAUCACCAGCAUUUCAGGAAUACUAUAAGGAACACAAUAUUAUAUUACUUAGUUUACUAUCUCACUCUUCGCAUUUAACUCAAUCACUUGAUAUCAGUUAUUUUGGUCCUUUAAAGCGUUCAUAUAAUCGACAAAUCGAGAACUUUAUCAAGGUAUAUAUCACUCAUAUUAUCAAAACUAAGUUCUUUCAAACCUUUAAAGCUACAUAUAUCGAAGCAAUAUCUAUAUCAAAUGGUAAAGCUGGGUUCCGCGGAGCUGGGCUAAUCCCAUUUAAUCCGGAAAUUGUACUUUCAAAGCUAGAUAUUCGAAUAAGAACUUCAUCAAAUAGAUCAAUAUCAGCCGAUCCUGAUAUAUGGCAAUCUCAAAUAUCUCAUAAUCCAAUUGAAGCUCUCUCUCAAUCUACUUUAGUGAAAAGUCGUAUUGCUCGGCAUCAAGGGAGCUCACCUACUCCAAUAUUUGAAACAGUUGCAGCUUUAGCUAAGGGUACAGAGCUUCUAGCUUAUACAAAUACGCUUUUAAUUGUUGAGAUUCAUAAUCUUUAUAAAGCAAAUGAAGUAUUUAGUAAACAUUAA